AUGGCUCUUCAAUUCCAGCCCAAAGCUUACAGUUCACGCUCGCCGACCCGUGUUUCUCUUCCUCAAUUCACCGCCACCACCACCACCACCGCCACUCAUUCACCGCCGCCGCCGCCGCCGCCGACUAGAAGAGCAGCUCUUUCGCUCUUCACAAUCUCCACUUUUUUGUCCGGGGUUGCAGCGUUCUCCGACGGCCGCAGCUCAAGGUUUGCAGCUCUGUCCGAACCCAGAACUUCUAAUUUCACGGAGCUCCCAAAUUCCGGCGGUGUCAAAGCCUUGGACCUUCGGAUUGGUGACGGUGGACAAAUGCCCUCCGAUGGGGACAAGGUUGUGAUCCAUUACUAUGGAAGGCUGGCGGCAAAGCAAGGAUGGCGUUUCGAUUCGACUUACGACCAUAGAGAUGCGAACGGUGAACCGAUUCCUUUCGAGUUUGUUCUUGGCUCUGGAAAAGUAAUAUCUGGAAUUGAAUCGGCCGUGAGCUCGAUGAAAGUAGGUGGCAUACGCCGAGCCAUCAUUCCCCCAUCUCAAGGAUAUCAAAAUACGAAUCAAGAACCGAUCCCGCCCAAUUUUUUUGACAGACAGAGGCUCUUCACGACGAUCUUCAAUCCUACCCGUCUGGCAAAUGGAGAAGGUUCGACUUUAGGGACACUCAUAUUUGAUAUCGAGCUUGUCAGCUUGAGACGGCCAUGA